AUGGCGUUCAACGAGAAGAAGAUUGACGAGGAAAACGACGCACCAUCUCUCGAUCAAACCUCUUACGAAGAUGCCGCAUUUGUAGACCCUGUGGAACAUGAGAGUCUUCAUAGAGGUCUGAAGGCGCGUCAAAUUUCCAUGAUUGCUCUCGGUGGAGCAGUUGGAACUGGCUUGAUUAUUGGUUCUGGAACGGCGCUUCAACGCGGUGGCCCUUUAGGUAUUUUAUUGGGUUAUUCGUUCGUCGGAUUCGUUUGUUACUUGGUCAUGGUCGCUCUUGGUGAAAUGGCAGCCUUCUUGCCCCACAAGAAGGGUUUUGCAGGAUAUGCUACACGUUUUGUGGACCCAGCGCUCGGCUUUGCUGUGGGGUAUAAUUACCUUCUCAAAUAUCUCAUUGUUACUCCAAAUAACAUCAACGCUGCUGGUUUAGUUGUUCAAUAUUGGACACGGUCUGUACACAUCGCAAUUUGGAUGGUGAUUUUCAUUGGGUUUAUUUUUCUCGUCAACCUAUUGGGAGUGCGUGUCUUUGGAGAAUUAGAAUUUUGGUUUUCUAGUUUGAAAGUCGUUUCCUUGAUCGGACUCUUGCUUAUGGGCAUCAUUAUUGACCUUGGUGGUAAUCCACAACAUGACCGUAUUGGAUUCAGAUAUUGGAGGGCACCAGAUGGGCCAAUGGGCUCAUACCUUCUAAAAUAUGUCCACAAAGAAUCCCUCGCAAUUUUCCUAGGGUUUUGGGCCACCCUUACCAAUGCAUUGUUUGCUUACAUUGGAACUGAGCUGAUCGGUGUAAGUUCUUCGUUGGCCCAAAAUCCGCGCAAAAAUAUCCCGAUUGCCAUUAGAAGGACAUUCUGGAGAAUUCUGAUCUUCUACAUUGGAGGCGUUUUCGUGAUCGGCCUAAUUGUUCCAAGGACAAACGACUCACUUUUUGUAGCCACCAAAUCAACAACUGGAGCCGCUGCCAGUCCAUUCGUCGUCGCAACUACCCUUGUUGGUAUCAAAGUGCUCAAUCAUGUCAUUAAUUCUGCUAUUCUCAUCUUCGUCAUGAGUGCCGCUAAUUCUGACUUGUACAUUGGAUCACGCACCUUGUAUGGUCUGGCUGUAGAGGGAAAAGCCCCUGCAAUUUUCAAAAAGGUCACCAAAGGGGGUGUUCCAUUGCCUUCAUUGAUCCUGUGCACUGCCUUUUGUGGUUUGGUAUUUCUUAACGUCAAGUCAUCUAGUGGCAAAGUUUUUGGAUGGUUCGUCAACUUGGUGUCUACUUUCGGUGCUUUGACUUGGAUGUCAAUUUGUUACGCACACAUUCGUUUUAUGAAAGCAUUAGCUGCCCGUGGGAUGUCAAGGGACGAGUUACCUUACAAAGCCCCAUUCCAACCUUGGGGGAGUUGGUUCGCCCUGGGCUCUACCGCUAUCAUCACGUUAUUCAAAGGUUUCGAUACAUUAAUUCCAAAGUUGAACUCAGCAAAUUUUGUCACGAGCUAUAUAGGCAUUCCUGUUUUCCUUAUUCUGUGGUUAGGAUAUAAGCUAGUAUACCGGACUAGAGUCAUUCCGUCAAGGGAUGUGGACCUUGUGUCAGGCAUUCGCGCUAUUGACGAGGAGGAAGCCAAAUUUGUCACAGCUGAGCAAGCAAAAGGCCCCAGAACCUUCCUUCAGAGAGUUUGGGAUUCGAUGUAA